CACGUAUAUCUACUACCGAUAACUCUGUAUCUUUCCCGCUGCAUUAGCAAUACUGAUGCAAUGCAUAAAUGCUACCAAAAAUAAACAUUGCAAACAAAUGCGACAGACCCGAGGAAAUAAAUAGAUUAACCACACGGUCAAAGCCAUACAAACCACUAGCAACUACCGUUUACAACGACAAGGGAAACGAAUCGGAAAACAUCUGUUUGCAUUUCUCUAGAGUGGCAAUGGCCAGCUAAGUAAUAUAGAAGAUCACCCACCUAACUAACUAAACUAUAAGUAUGUGCUAAUUUGAUGAUCGAUCGCCGACCCACAAAGUGCAAGAGAGAAGAGAGUUCCGUCGACGUCAAUCAUCCCACCACAACAAACUGUAAGUAAUAUAAACGUUGGAUUGCUUGACUAGUUUCUUCUGUUGUGUUGUGUAGUAAGUAUUAUCAUAGAAUGAAUCGCCAACGUACUGUCAUUAUUUUCAAAUCAGAAUCGGAAAGUACCGAUGUCUACGCUGCGGAACUAAAGCAUCACUUCUUUCAUCCGAUAUUCGUGCCUACGUUAAGUUUUGGCUUUAAGAACCUUGAGAAAUUGUGCGCCAAGCUCCAGCAUCCAGAUGAUUAUGAGGGUAUCAUCUUCACUAGCCCCCGCUGUGUGGAGGCCGUCUGCAAGGCCUUGGAUAAACAAGAGCUGCCGGGAGGUUGGAAAAUGUUGCGUAAUUAUGCAGUUGGUGAAGUCACGCAUAACAUGGUGCACGACCAUUUACAACAACUAUUCACGCAUGGCAAACAAACGGGAAAUGCUCGUGCUCUAGCCGAAUUUAUAAUCGAGGCCUUUGAGGGGGACAAAGACAAACCUCUGCUGAUACCAUGCAGCAAUUUAGCCCAGGAUACUUUAACUGUAAUGCUUAAAGAGGAUGGCUUUCGCAUAGACGCCUGUGAGGUAUACGAAACAAAAUGUAGUCCCGAUUUAAGCGAAAAAAUGGACGAAGCCCUUAAGGCGGAGAACAUCGAAUUUUUGGCUUUCUUCUCUCCCUCGGGUGUGAAUUGUGCCUCUGAGUAUUUCAAAGCUAAAAAUAUUCCCAUGGACAAAUACCGUUUGGUUGCCAUUGGGCCAAGUACACGUCGUGCCUUAGAGAAUAAAGGCCUUAAAGUUUAUUGCACAGCAGAGCGUCCAACGGUGGAGCAUUUGAUAAAGGUUUUGAUUAACCCACAAGAGAGUAGAGAAAAUCUAUUAAAGGAAUCACAGCAUUCACUGCAAGAGUGAAGCGAAAGUCUGCCAAAUAACACAUAGAAUUUUGGUUCAAUAGGAUUGGACAAAAGACAAAAUUUAUUAUAAGAAUCACCCAAAUUGUUGUAAUUUAAUUAUUAUUUUUUUUUAAUAAAUUAUUUAGAAAUUAAAAUGAAAA